AUGAGCAGUCAGCAUAAUAUCCAAGCACCCUCUGCUCCCACCUCAUCCUCGUCUCUGCGAUCAUCAGUUUCAUCAACAAACCCGUCGCGCCGCCUAUCAACUUCCACCUCCGCCCUGCCUUCGUCCCGUUCCGCCAAGUCAUCAACGACCUCGCAAGAAAGUCCUCAAGCCAAUUUGCCUCAUGACAUAUUCACCAUCACCGACGAAGCCCUUGCUGCCCAAUACACAUUUGAGAGCGAGAUUGGUUAUGGGAACUGGGGCUCCAUUUGGCGCAUUGCUCCCAACAACCCAUCGAACCGGCUGCAUUCCUCUAGCAAACUCGCCAUCAAGCUGGUAUAUCGUGACAAGUCAUCUGGCACUACCGCAACCAAGAUCAAAAGCUUGUGGAGUGAAUUCAAGAUUCUGAGGCUUUUCAAGCGCUGCCCACAUCCCAACGUCUUGCGGGUCUCGUCGUUUAUUAUCACUCCUUCCUACGCGCUCAUGACCAUGGCGUUUCAUCCCGCAAUCCUCAACGUCAGAUUAGGCGAGCGCACCCCCCGAGUUCGUAGAUACAUUCGCGGUCUGCUUGAGGGCACGGAAUUCUUGCACCGCAGCGGUGUCUCACACAAUGACAUCAAGCCGGCCAAUGUGGUGCUCAGUGCCGAGGAUGAACCGGUCUUGAUCGAUUUCGGGUUCGCUGCUGCUUAUCCACCCGACUACACGGAAACCACAGGCAAGAAACCAUUCUGGAGUACUCUGAGCUGGGGAACUCCAGAAUACCUUUCACCUCAGCGCGCCAAGUCUGAAGGACACGAUGAGCGACUAAGUGAUAUCUGGUCACUUGGUGUUACCUUGUACGAGCUCGUUGUGGGUCGGACACCGUUUGAGCUCAAUGAGAAAGAGGAGUUCCUGUCCAAGGAAGCAUUGGAAGUGUAUUACCAACGCACUCUGAAAGCCGAAUUCUUAGGACCUCAUACGCUCUCUAGCGAACUGAAGCAGUUGUUGGUAUCGAUGUUGCGUCCUGAUCCCAAGGAGCGACUACAGUCAUGCUCCGCCGCACUGGCCCACUCGUUCUUCCAACGUCCUCUUUCUUCUGACAUGACCAUCCGUCAACGCACCAUUGAACGCUCUCUUCCCUCGUCUGUCUUGCGCUCGCCCCCCGAACCCGCGGCGACACUCGUCACACGGAGGGUACAGCAGCUAAGCUUCCAGUCGCGAUCCAGGUCCAACUCCAUAACAUCGGCCAGCUCGCCAAGCUCCAGGCGCCCGGGGACCAAUAUCACCCCCACGAAGUCGAGACCUAAGGCUGUAUUCGAAGAUCUGCAGUCGACCCCUAAGUCAGGAUCAAGGAAGAACCGCGUGACUCCUACACGCCCAGUACUUGCAGCCAAAUCGCUCAACACUCCCAACACACCCCGCCAAAAUAGAGUUCCUGUACCCGACUGCGAAGUGAAGAAGAGUGCGGCUGUCAAAACAGUUACCUCGCCCCCCAGAUCGAUGCCCCGCAAACGGGUCCCAGUAUCACCGAAGUCGGAUAGCUCGAAGAAAACCAUCAUGUCUCCCAGAGUUUCUCACGCUAAAAAGGUCCCUGUCCACCGACCUACCCUCCUGCAACCAAUGAAAGAAAACUAA